AUGGCUUUACUCCAACAUACCGGUCAAUCAAUGUUUUACACGGAACUAGCAGAGCUACCCCUUCCUGUGUCUGCUGAUUUCGUUGGCGGUGAUGGUGCGUCCAUCAGCACAGCGUUUUUAACGUCUCCUUCCAAGUUUCGUCAGGCAAUUCUGCAAGAGGUCACCAAUGGCACAGGUACAAACCGAUUCGUGGAGAUCUGGGGCAGCACCCAGAUAGAGGCAUCCUUAGAUGUCUUAUCGUCGCUCUCAUUCUCCCCGUCAGAGACAUCCCUUCUUUACACUGCAGAAGCAAACGUCAAUGGCGAUGACGCUUCAGACGAUCCUUACCCCAAAUUCAGAUAUACCCCGAACUCUGAAGAACCGCCUCGCGCUAGGAAAAGACCAAUGAUCUUUCUAUUCCGCUGGAGAAGGUCCACGACAUUCAUCAGGGCUGCUAAGCAAGACAUACUACUUUUUGCGUUGUCAAUGGCGCAGCGUACCCGAGUACCCGUCUCAUUCGGCCAAGCCACUUUCGCAACAGAAGAUGUUAUCUUCUCCACUGGACACGACCACACCAAAGACGGAUACUUCAACCGUCGCAUGGACCCUCAGACGGCCAUUACACUCUUCUGGUUCUCAAACCCCGUUGGCGGUGCUCAUGCAUCUCGCGUUUCUCUGGAAUCUCGCAACCUCACCACUGGUAUCCACAAAGUCCUCGUGGAUACCGUCAUAGAGCCCACCCCCGAAAACGACUUUCCAGGGCUAUAUACCGGAUAUAACAUACCUUCCAGGCCCGUUAUCGACGCGGAGACAUCUUGGAAUAUGCUUGCUACAGACGGCAAGAUACGCGUUAUCUGUUCGAGGAGCACGCCUACUACCCCAUCUGAAGUAUUGCUAGGAUACUUCAAUCAACAUGGCGGCCUUAAUUGGAAAGUCACCGACGAUUUCUGCAGAAAUGACCUCACUGCAUCAAUUAUACCCAUUGGUGCGCGUCCGCCGACAGAGAGCCUCGUUAUUCAGUCAAAGAAGCUCUCAUCGGAGCCUGGACCCAAAUCUGUCUGCGUGACCAUUCCACAUGGAGGACCUCAUUCAUCGUCGACGACAACGUUCUCGCCAGCUACCGCCGCACUAGCCCUAGAAGGAUUAUUUCUCGGACAUUGUGGGACGAUGGACGCAGACGUAGUAGAAAGCGUCGACGAGCUUGUCCGACUUGAUAUCUCAGAGCACGGACGACAAGUCGUCCAAGGCGCAAGUCACGGCGGAUUGCUCUCCGCGCACCUCAUAAGACAAUACCCAAAUCUAUCCAAUGCAGCAGUCAUGCACAAUCCAUCGCUCAUGACGCCCGCCACGUACCAAAAGCUAUUCGAAGCAUCACCGAUCACGCAUAUCGAUUGCGUGCGUGCGCCAGUUUUAUUGCUGCUCGGAGAAGACGAUCUGCGUGUGGUCCUGACGCAGGGGGCAGUGGAGAUGCUGACGUUCACGAAAGAGACACAUCUGCUUGAUGGGGUCGAGACGGCGAGGGUUUCGUGGGAGGCUGCGAGGGAUUGGUUUAAGGCGUUUGCGGAGCAACAUUGA